UUCAGCUAAGUGGAAGCCAUAUUACCUUCAACAGCCUGGUCUGAGAAAUCAUCAUUAUCACUUCAACUUCAUUCUGUUGGGUGGACAGUUAAAAAGAUCCACCCAGGUUUAUGGAAGAAGAGCAUGGACUCCCACCUCCCUCAGUGGAGUUUGAAAAAGAAAAACAGCAUGAUAUUCGAUCAUUCUUUUUACCGAAACGUAAAGAAGGACAGCUGGUGUCCUCCAGUGAUGAAUCAGGGAUACUCCAGGAGAAAAAUACGGUAGCAGCGUCGGACCCCAGAGAAAGAGCUGCAAGAGAUAUCUCUGAUUGUGAAAGUCAUUUUGAACCUGAAGCUAAAAAAUUGAAAUUGGUCACCACCAAUGACUGUGGCAGUCCCCCGGAGGAGAAGCCAACAGGGUCCAGACAAACCAGAGCUCCACUCAUGGAAGGUGUCCACAAGGCCAAGUUCCAGUCAACCGAGACAUCCCUUCCUGGAAAAGACUGGCAGUGUGGUUUCUGCACCUAUAUCAAUAAUGCAGUGCUACCUUAUUGUGAAAUGUGCGAGAACCCCAAAGGCAGAGCUGGUGAGUCCUGGGAAGGUGUCCAUGGAAGUUGGUCAGAUAAUCUGUUACCUACUGUUGCCAAAGGUAACCUCAACCAUAUCCAGGAUGAAAAGAAAAAUGAGAAAGUUGAUUGUCAGAAAGACCCACCUGAAGAAGUUCGUGCUAGCUCUGACUGUGGAAACCAAGUCUGUGCUCAGCCAAACCAAGAGUGGUUGACCGAGAGUAAGGAGAAAACUUCCAACCUUGAGGGACCAGAAGGACUCGCACUCCAGCCAGAGCAAUUGAAGAACACAGACACAUUGCCAGUAUAUGAUACCUUAAUGUUUUGUGCAAGUAGGAAUACUGACCGGAUCCACCUCUACACUAAGGACAGAAAACCGAUGAACUGUAAUUUCAUCCCUCUGGAUAUAAAAUUAGACCUUUGGGAAGAUUUACCAGCAAGUUUUCAGCUGAAACAAAAUCGUUCACUGAUUUUGAGGUUUGUUCGAGAAUGGAGUAGUCUAACUGCCAUGAAACAAAGGAUAAUAAGGAAAAAUGGGCAGCUGUUCUGUAGCCCAAUCCUUGCUUUGGAAGAGAUCUCAAAGCAACAAACCAAACAAGAUAGUACCAAAAGAUACAUAACCAAAGAAGAUGUUGCCAUAGCCUCGAUGGACAAGGUGAAGAAUGAAGGGGGCCAUGUCCGGCUGAUCACAAAGGAAUCCAGGCCAUGGGAUCGUUCCACAAAAAAUUUUUUCGAAGAUGGAGCCUGUGUCCCAUAUCUAAAUCCCUGCACCGCCCAAGCUGAUCUCACUGCGAAGCCUUCUUCAUCCAAAGGCUAUUUGCAAGCUGUGGAUAAUGAAGGAAAUCCACUUUGCCUCCGCUGUCAGCAUCCCACUUGCCACACUAAGCCAGAGUGUAAAGCAAACGCUUGGGAUUCACGGUUUUGCUCUCUGAAAUGUCAGGAAGAGUUUUGGAUUCGAUCUAAUAACAGUUACCUGAGAGCCAAAGUAUUUGAAACUGAACAUGGUGUGUGUCAGCUGUGUCAUGUGAACGCACAAGAACUCUUUUUACGUCUGAGAGAUGCUCCUAAAAGUCAGAGGAAGAAUCUCCUGGAUUCUACCUGGACUUCAAAGCUCCCAUUAGAACAGCUAAAUGAAAUGAUAAGGAACCCGGGGGAAGGACAUUUCUGGCAGGUGGAUCACAUCAAGCCCGUGUACGGGGGCGGCGGACAGUGCUCACUGGACAACCUGCAGACCCUCUGCACGGUCUGUCACAAAGAGAGAACUGCCAGACAAGCCAAGGAAAGAAGUCAGGUGAGAAGACAAUCUCUGGCAUCAAAGCAUGGAUCAGACAUCACACGAUUUUUGGUAAAGAAGUAGAACAUUCUGUGAAUGGAUGACAAAUGGUUUACAUGUGGGAGAAUUGAACACAAUUUUUUUUUUCAUUUCUGCCUAAAAUUUUUCAGAAUGAAAAUCAAGAAUUCAUAUUCUGGUUGUGUACUAAGUACUUUCAGUGUUAAAUACUUUUUGAAAGUACUUAACAGAAGCUAAGUAUUCCUGUAAUCUUGUUGAUUUCAUGCACACUGCUAGCUAUGUCUCACAAGCUUUUGUUAAGUUGUCAUUUCCCCUGAUAUGUCUUAAUCACUGUGUCACACAUAGCAAAUGUUUGAAAACUAUGUUCUUAAUUACCAGAAAAAUGCUCUGGGCUAGUAUCAGUUCUGGACUGUCAUAGGUCUAACUGGGAGAUUGUAAAAAAGAAAAACUUAGGGGGGUAAAUUAUCAUUCAGGAGUUCUGAACCAAGCGUGAGCAGCCAGCUCAGUGUGUAAGAGUCUCAGUCACUGAACGCCUCUAAAAUGGGCUUGGGGCACGUUGUGGACAUAGUCUGUGUAUCAAAAAAUUAAAUAAAUCAUACUUUUGAUAGUAAGACAACUGUACUGAUCAUGUUUGCAGGUAAUCUGGAAGUUCUGAAUAAAGUUAUUAACUAAAAAUAUUAAACAACUGAAAAUAAAAAUGUAAAAUGCCUCUUCAGCUUCAUUUCUAA